AAGUUUUUGGAUGCAAGAUGUGAAUUAUCAGGUUGGUAAUGCUAACAAUAUUAGGCCUCAAGUGCAUCCUUGAGGCACGCCACCGUUGGCAAAAGAUCUGCUCAACCAACUAAUACAGCGCCAUUAUUCAGUACUAAAAGACUCUAUCUAAUCAUUUGGAAAGGGCAACGCCAGAUGAUCUUUACGAUAUGUUUCGUGUAGUCGUAAUCGACUGCUGCCGAAAUGUGGUCAAUAAUAAUAAUCCUUCUAAUUAUCGUGUUGGUCCUGCUGGCCUAUUUGGACACGAGGAAACCGAGGCAUUUUCCGCCAGGUCCGGUCUGGUUGCCGAUUUUGGGAUGUGCUUGGGAAUUGCGGAGGCUGCACAAGGAGAAGGGCUCGUUACCUGAGGCGACGCAAGCGUUGGCGACAAAGUAUGGUCCGGUGGUUGGGGCGCGAGUAGGCCGCGAACGUGUCGUUUUCGUCUACGGAUGGAAGGCGAUCGACGAGCUGCUUUCCAGAGAUGAGCUCAACGGUAGACCGGACAACGUCGCCACUACGAGUCGAACUGGUGGCAAACGGAGAGGGGUCCUCUUUACGGACUCCGAAUGUUUACAAGAGCAAAAGAGGUUCGUAUUUCGACACUUUAACGAGGCUACUUUUCGAAAAGUGGUCAUGCGAGAGAUGAUUAAGGAAAAGGUGGGAUCUAUCAUUGAUGAUGUCACGAGGGCGAUCGAAAAGGACCCCGUGGUCGACAUGUACUGUUUCUUUCGGAUUCAUGUGUUGAGCGCGUUUUGUUUACUAAUAACAGGCCAGACAGGCAACCAACAGGAAUUGAGCGAAUUGGAGGCCAUCGUUGCGGAUUUUGCUCGGAAUGUUCCCUUGGCCGGUCCGGUAUUCGGCAUGUUUCCGUUUUUGAGGCACAUUUGCCCCGAAUAUUGUGGAUAUAACGUGUAUGUAGGGAUUCAUGAAAAAAUAUUGACGUUCUUCCACAAAAAGGUAGAGCUUCUCAGGGAUGCUGCCCCUAACCGAGGUUUUAUUCACGCAUACCUAGACAAACUAAAUUCUGCCCAAAGCGGUGGCAGCUUCUCUCAAGAGCAACUGCUGGCCAUUUGCUUAGACCUUGUGACUGCCGGCUACGAUUCCAUUUGCAGUACCCUAAAAUUUACCUUCUUGUAUCUCAUACUGAAUCCAGAUAUUCAAAAAAAAGCGCAAGAGGAAAUCGAUACCGUUCUUCAGGGGAGGCCGCCUACUAUAGAGGAGAAACCGCACCUACCGUAUGUUGAGGGUAUAGUUUUGGAAUCCUUGCGGAUGUUCACGGGCAGAUCCCACUUUGUGCCUCGCAGGGCGACCAAGGAUACACAAUUUAACGGCUACUUCAUUAGAAAGAAUACCACCUUACUUUUGAACCAUCGAGGUACGCUCAUGGAUGAAGCUGCCGGUUGGCAAAACCCGGACGAUUUCGAUCCCGGUCGCUUCCUGCGGGACGGUCGCGCGAAGAUUCCGAACAAUUUCAGUCCGUUCGGUUUGGGCAAGAGGAGAUGCGUGGGGGAGGUCUUUGCUCGCGAAAGCAUUUUCCUCGUAGUCGCCGGGCUUCUUCAAGCGUUUAAGUUCGAGACCGUGCCUGGAAAUCCUACAACGGUAGAAACUGUCGAGAACUUUGCUCCGUCAUGCCAAACUUACAAGACAUAUGUUACAUUGAGAUAAAACUCUCCUGAUGCAUCGAUUAUAAAACCGAAACCAAUAAAUAGAAUAGUAGUUCG